AUGCCUCAGAAGGUCGUGGAGACGCCCUUCCCGCUCAUCGAUGCGGACCCGCACGCAGGGCGUGUCAUACGUUACAUGCGUCCUUCCGACUUCGCUGCCUGGGGCGCCAUGACCGCUGGCUUCCCCGGAGCGUUAUACCUUUGGGAUGUAGCAGACCCAUUGAAGUCUGCUAGAGGCACAGCGCUGCGUGUGGGUGGCGUAGCUGGUUUCCUUGGUGGUUUCCUAUUAGCGUAUCAGCGAUCAAGUUUUCGUUUCUGGGGCUGGACAGAGAACAAGCGGGAGCAGGAGUUGGACUUCGCUGAACUCAGCCAGCGUGCUAGGGAAGGCAAGCCUUUGUACGGAGAAUCUCACCAGCCAGAAUGGGUGCAGAAUGCUGCAUACUCGAAUUCGGUCUUCUCUCAACUGAAGUUCGCUGCCUUCCCUUGGUUCAACCUUGUGAACCACCCUCAUCACGGCACUGACCCCAACAAGUACAAGUCCCAAUCAUCCUCCGAGGAGUCCAGUUAG